CCGCGAAACUGCAUGAGUGAGUGUCAGCGGCACUCCAGUACAGUUACUGACGUUCCGUGCUGUGAACGAUCACCCGUUGAUCGUUGUCGUCGUCUUCGUCGUCGCAGUUUGUCUGUCGGCUCUUUAACGGCUGAGUCUCGAAGUUCACUAUGUGUCGCUCUUGAUACACAUAUGCAGUUCGUGAAGCCUAUCAAGUCAAGCAACGGUGACCUCGUAUACGCGUAUGGAUGAGACUGUCACGAUGACCGUUCCUCCGCCACUACCAGCGAAAACUCAGGCCCGGGAUGCGGCGAGCCAGGCCGCUCGGCAGACUGUGUCAAUCCGGACCGUUUCUCCUUCCGUCUCGCCGCCUCUCGCCAACGGGCCCGGAGCAACGGUAUUCGUCGGAGUGAGCGCUCCUACCGCUACCGAUCCCGCGACAACCUGCAGGAGAAUCAUCCCGGAAGCGCAAUCGGCGAACGGCGGCUACGACGAGCGGAGCAACGUCGUCGAAUCGUCGCGGCAUCAACGGUGGCAGCAACAGUCGCAGCAACCGCAGCAGGCCGCGCAUAUAGUGAAGAUCAAGAUCAAUCCGGAUGGCGACAAGAACAGUAGGGUAAUCUCGACAGUGCGGUUGACUCUGGACGAGAACGGGAUCUCGCGAAAUCGCGAGAUCGAGAACGGCGGUGCCGCGCUCGAACGAUCGGUUAAGCGCGAAGACGGUGCGGUAGUGGUGAGUGCGACGAACUUGGUGAACGAGCGACACUGCGCGAGUGCCGGUGAGGGCUGUGUUAGAAUCAGUGUCUUCAGCGGCGACCCGGCGCCCGGGUCCGACAAUCAGGAGCGCAACAACAACAACAACAACAACAACAACACCGUCAGAGUCGAGAACAACGACAGCGAGAAGCGGGUUCAGGAUAACGACAGUAGCGACAACGGGGACAUGGUGCACCGCGGCACCGCAGAAACUCUCAACUCGUCCACCCUCGCAGGCGGUCGCACGAGCGCCUGUUUCUACUACAACACCUAUCAGAAUCCGUUAAGCGGCAUGGUGAUGUCGAGCGGGCAGUGCUCGCCCAGCGACACCUUGGACAGCGGUACCUGCAGCGAUCUUGACGGCACGCCGCCGCCGUUGCCGAAGAAGAACGCCAGCACGGUGAUACUGUCCAGCAGCACGCACAAUCGCACCGGGAGUUUGACCAGCAGCGGCGCCGAGGUCGACAGCGAUGACAACGAGAGUAACAUCAGUUGCGACUCGUUGAACGGCGCCGAGAUGAACGGCGACGAGUACCGGGUAACUGACACGCCGAAGAGCAUCGAGGAAACGGUAAGUGUCGUUGAGAAACUGGGCCGCAUCCAAACGGCGCUGACAAACGGCGUUGAUGAUAGUCAGAUUGAGGAAUCGAGCGGGAUCCGUCAUCAGGUCUCGGCGAUAACGGAACUAGGCUCCGCGCCAUGUUCACCGGUGUCUUCGGCUAGCGUUUCCCCGUCGCCAUCCGGAACGUCGUCCCUGUCAAAAGCCUCCUCGACGCCGCGAGUGAGGAGUCCCAAUCCCGCGAUUCAGCAGAACAUCAAAUCGGCGUUGUCGCCGGUUGUCAAGGAGUGCACGUACGAGGAAAGGAAGGAACAGGAGAGAACGGAGCAGGAUGAUGUCGAGGCUGCACAGGAUCGGCCGGCCGGUCACAAGUACCUGUACGAGGACGACAGGUACUAUAAUUUUCAUUUGAACGAAUUAAACCGUAACGACAAAAACUCCAAUGGCGAGAAGAACGGCGCGGCUGAGAAGAACGACGAGUGUUUUGCCGGCUACAAAAUCCACGACAAAGAAGCCAUACGAAGUGCCAAAGGAACCGUGCGCGGUGUGAAGAACAGAGUGCGAGCGGGCAUCGCGACUUUCCUGCAAACGCCUACCUCCAAGGCUUACGUGGAAAGAGAAAAGGGCAAAGUGGUGCUUUAUAUGACGUCGUUGGGCAUCGUGCGGGAGACCUUCACUAACUGUAUGAAGAUGAAGCAAAUACUGUGGACGAAUAUGGUCAAAUAUGAUGAGGCGGAUUUAUUCCGUGACACGGAUUUACAAACCGAACUUAAAGAUCGGAUUAAUUUGGAAGUUCUAACGUUGCCGCAGCUUUUCGUCGAUGGCCAGCACAUCGGGGGUAUCGACACCGUCGAGCGGCUUAACGAGUCGGGAGAACUACGUCGCAUAUUAGAACCUUACCAGUGCAAGGAUGCGUGCGCUGUUUGCACCUACUGCGGCGGUUUCCAACGGCUGUUGUGUCCCGUUUGCCACGGCAGCAAGAGAUCCGUCCAUCGCAACGACUUCACGGUGGAAUUCGUCGCCCUCAAGUGCGCCAAGUGUGACGUUUUCGGUAUGAUACGCUGCCCGCAUUGCUGAAGAGAAGUUUCUGAGCGAUGCAAGAUCCGCGUACACAAUGUGCUCAAAUCAUUUCUCUUAUAUGAUCUAUGAUCACACAUACACACAAACACACACACACACAUAUAGACACGUACACACAUCUCUCUACUAACUCACGUCUCUAUUUAAGGUGCUACAAGAAUAUACUUUUACGCUAUGCCUUACGCAACGACAUACACACAAAACGCAUACAGACAUUAAACAUUAAUCGCGUAGCUGUGCUGUCGCAUAUUGUAAAAUAUUGGCUGAUAAAACUUUGUGUAAAGUUU